AGGGCUGUUCGAUUUCAUUCAUUCUCGCUACCAUAAACCUUAAAAAUCCCCAAUUUUUUUUGAAACUAAGAACGAAAGUGAAAUCGUGAACUUCAUCUUCUUCCUCUUCUCUUUUCAAACCAACCCCUUAUUCCUGUAUUGCACACUACUCAAAACUUGGAACGAUGGAGAGUGUUGAAGAAGAAGAAGAAGAGGUGAGAAGGAUUGUGACUGAUGAAGAAAAGCUAGAAGCCAAAAAUUUCAACAUAUUCGAUCUCCCUGACGUACCUAAAGGACUUCCUCCGCAUCUCGAACUCCAGCGAACUCGUGUUGUCUGCGAAGUUGGUGCUCCUUUACAUGCCACGGGUACCAUUUACUCGGGUGCCUAUAUCUCUUCGGGAGUGGACAACAGUGUGAAUCUAGAAAACUUCUCUGAGAAUUUCAAAGUUGAUGUGAUUAGUCUCACA